AUGGCAUCAACCGAACUGUCGAAACAAGAUCGUGAAGCGAAAGCGCAGAUCAAGAUCGGGCAUUAUAUCCUUCAACAAACUCUCGGUGUUGGGACAUUUGGCAAAGUUAAAGUUGGCAUUCAUGAAGCAACCAGUUACAAAGUAGCGGUUAAAAUCCUGAAUCGUCAGAAAAUAAAAACACUUGAUGUCGUGGGCAAGAUCAGAAGAGAAAUUCAAAAUCUUUCUCUUUUCCGACAUCCUCAUAUAAUCAGAUUAUAUCAAGUUAUUAGUACGCCAACCGAUAUAUUUAUGAUAAUGGAAUACGUAUCAGGAGGCGAGCUAUUUGACUAUAUUGUGAAACAUGGAAGACUGAAGACACCAGAAGCACGUCGUUUCUUCCAACAGAUCAUUUCGGGUGUUGAUUAUUGUCAUCGCCACAUGGUUGUGCAUAGGGAUUUAAAACCAGAGAAUUUAUUAUUAGACGAUAAAAAUAAUGUCAAAAUUGCUGAUUUUGGUUUAUCAAAUAUAAUGACUGAUGGCGAUUUCUUGAGAACAAGCUGUGGGAGUCCAAAUUACGCUGCACCAGAAGUGAUCUCUGGGAAAUUGUACGCUGGUCCUGAAGUGGAUGUAUGGUCAUGUGGUGUUAUAUUGUAUGCGUUGCUGUGUGGCACACUGCCGUUUGAUGAUGAGCACGUUCCCACAUUAUUCAGAAAGAUUAAAUCGGGCAUCUUUCCGAUUCCUGAUUAUUUGGAAAAACCAUUGGUGAAUCUUUUAUUGCAUAUGCUUCAAGUUGAUCCUAUGAAAAGAGCAACAAUCAAAGAUGUUAUUCAGCAUGAAUGGUUUCAAAAAGAUCUGCCCGCUUAUUUGUUUCCGCCGAUAAAUGAAAGCGAGGCGUCGAUUGUCGACAUAGAGGCUGUUAAAGAGGUCACUCGGAGAUAUGGUGUUGCAGAAGAAGACGUUACAAAUGCGUUAUUGGGAGAUGAUCCGCAUCACCACCUUAGUAUUGCAUACAAUCUGAUCGUCGAUAAUAAACGCAUUGCUGAUGAAAGUUAG